AGCUUAAAAACUCAAAUCAACUCAAUUCACAGUCUCGCGAUUAACGUUAAAAAGCAUUUAUAUAAUUUCUUGUGGAAAAAGGUGCGCGUGUUAACUGCUAACGCUCUAGUUUGGCUAAAAGGCGAGUGAAUGUUCUGCAAGACGAAGCGUGAAGUGCAGCAGCAGCAGCAGCACAUUGUAGAUGCGCUUUUAUUUUGUUUUUGUUAUUGUUAUUGUAUGUGUGGAAUUUGAUCAUAAGAGUUGUCAAAAGCUAUUACGCAAGGAAUAGCAACAGAAUAGCCAUAUCGGCUAACCAGCCAGGCCAGCUACUUGAGUAUCGCUUACAAUUGCAGCAAUUGCAAUUGCGAAUCGUGUGACACUUCAAAAAAACAAAACAAAAAAAAAAAAAAACAAAAUAAAUAUAAUACGCAAACUGGUUGUGCGCGUUGCCCUAAGUCAGCCGCGUUUGUUGUUUUCCACCUGCGCCGCUCUAGAACGCGGUCAUGUGCAUUUCAUGCAGCCGCUAAAGCUGCCGCCCAAUUAAGAAGCAACCACCAACAGCAAACAGCAGCACGACAAGCUUUAAAGAUAACGUUAACAUCAGGAUGUCGGACAUUUACUACUGCAGCAACAGUCAGAUUAAAAAAGCUCGUGAUGCGGACAAAACUGUAACAACAACAACAGCAGCAGCAGCAACAGCAGCAGCAGAUAAAAUGAACAACAACAACAGCAGCAGCAGCAAUAAUAACAACAACAACAACAACAGCAACAGCAGCAGCAAAGACAAAUCCAAACAAAUGCAAACAAAUGGCGGCAAAAGCAAUUGGAAGGGCCUUGUUCAAAGCAAUCCGAAUGGCAAUGGAGCAGCGGCUUUGCCAACAGUAACGCAGCCGCCGAAGGUUUUUCAUAACACGCGCUGCACGCGCCACCACAAGCCGCAUCAUACGCAUGCCACAGCAGCAGCAACAGCAGCAGAUCGAGUUGGAGUUGGCGUCGUUAGUGCAACGAGCAGCAGCAGCGGCGCUCAAGCCGGAACAGAUUUAACUAAUGCCACACAACAGCAACAGCAGCAAUUGCAACUGCAACAGCAACACCUGCAACACAUGCAUAGCCACAGUCAUGCUCAUCAUGCCCAUCAUGCUGGACUGCGUCGCAAAUCGGAGUCGGUGCUGUCCACCGAUUCGGAUAUUCGCUUCACGCGCCGCAAACUCGGCGAUAGCCAAAAAUGCGGCUGUGCCGUCAUCGCGGGUUUCCUCAUCGCCCUGCUCGUUGCCGGCGCCUUUGUCUAUGUGGGCUACACGUACUUCCGGCCGGAGCCACUGCCCGAUCGCGUCUUCCGCGGCAAGUUCAUGGUCCUGAACGACAAGUGGAGCAUGGAGCUGGCGAAUCAGAACUCGCUGCGCUUCCAGCACAAGGCGCGCGACUAUCGGGAGCGCAUCAAUCUGACGCUGCGUCGCUCCGAUCUGCGCGAGGCGUACGAGGGCAGCGAGAUCCUGGCGCUGGAUGGCAGCGAGGACAACAACAACAUUGUCGUGCACUUCAACAUGAUCUUCGAUCCGUAUGGCGGGCUGGUGAGCAGUGGCGAGCUGCUGGCGCUGUUCCAUGAGGAGCUGGCGGCGGCGGCUGCGCAGAGCCGUCACUUUGCCAACAUGACGGUGGAUGUGGCAAGCGUCAGCAUCAAGGAGACGACGGGCCUGAUGGAUGAGCCCAUUAUGUCCAGCUCGCCGCUGGGCGGGCACGAUGAGACCACAGAGCCGGCGAGCACGACGGCGCGUCCGCCGCCGCGUCGCUGCGAGUCGCUCCAGCUGAGCUAUUGCCGCAAUGUUGGCUACAAUGUGACCACCUAUCCCAAUCUGCUGGGUCAUGCCAGCUACGAGCAGGUGCUGGAGGAUGUCAUUGUGUUCCGCGAGCUCGUCGAUGGCGAAUGUCAUCGCGAGGCCUACGACUUUGUCUGCCGCCUGCUCCAGCCGCCCUGCAACAGUCACGGCCUGAAUCAGCCGCCCACGCCGGGCAGCAUCUGCCGCGAGUACUGCGAAUCCUUCAUGGCUGGCUGCGCCGGCCGGCUGCCCGCUCGCUUUCGCCAGAGCUUCGACUGCGAGCGCUUUCCCGAGUCCACGGGCAGCCAAUCCUGCCAGCAGAAGCCGCACUGCGUCGGCGACAUGCAGUCGAAUGUGCAGAGUCCGCGACUCUGCGACGGCUACGCGGACUGCCCCGAUCUGAGCGAUGAGCGCAGCUGCGCAUUCUGUGCGCCCAACUCGCUCUACUGUGGGCGUGGUCGCGCCUGUGUGCCGCGCAAGGCGCGCUGCGAUGGCAAAGCGGAUUGUCCAGAUGGCGCCGACGAGAAGGAUUGCCUGUCCAUUGCUCCUCUGGCUGCCGAUCUGCUGCAGCCGGAGCCGCUGGUGCCGUAUCUGAAUCGCUUCCAUGCCGCUGGCUAUGCCGUCUUCAGCGAGAAGGGCGUGGUCGGCAAGCUCUGCGCCGAGGGACUCGAGGGCGAUGCCAAGCUGGUGGUGCGUCAAACAGUCAGCGAAUCGCUUUGCAAAUCUCUGGGCUACGAAUCUGUCGAAAUCUUCGAUGUCAUGAACGACACGGAGCAGCUGUCGGACUAUGUGCGCGUCCUGGAUCCGCACGCGCCAGAGAUUAGCUUCAUACGCACCCACUGCCCGCGCCGCCAGGUGCUCUAUGUGGGCUGCGGUCAGCUGCGCUGCGGCGUGCAGUCGGCGCUGCCCAAUGCCAAGCAGCAUUUGUCGCUGCCCAAGAUGUCCGCUCCGGGGGAUUGGCCGUGGCUGGUCGCGCUCUUCCGCGAGGACAUUCAUGUGUGCGACGGCACGCUGAUCUCGCCGGACUGGGUGCUCACCACGGAGAGCUGUUUUCAGGGCCAGCCGCGCGCCACUUGGAUGGCCAUUGUGGGCGCAGUGCGUCUGUCCGCUAAGGCGCCGUGGACGCAGCGACGUCGCAUCAUCGGCAUGAUCAAGAGCCCAGUGGAGGGUUCGACAGCAGCGCUGGUUAGACUGGAGACGCCAGUUAGCUACUCGGAUCAUGUGCGCCCCAUUUGUCUGCCGGAUGCACUGCAGCGACAGCAGCUGCAGCCGCAGCCGCAGCCAAUGCAGCGACGCGCCUACGUGCCCGUGGCAGAGCGACUGAAGUUCGUGGCGGCGACGCCACUGGCGCAGGAAACGCAGCAGUUCUUCUUGAUUCCCUCCCAGCAGCAGCAGCAGCAGCAGCAGCAGACGCUGGAGGGAUCUGGCGAGCAGGAGGAGCAGCAAGAGCAGGACGCUGGCUUUGAGUAUUUGCAGGCGGAGGCGGCAGCAGCACAAAUGCCGCGCGCUGAGGCACUGCAGCAAGCGCCUGCCGAGCUGCAGAGCUAUCCGCUGCCCGAGAGCGCACCACAGGUGAAUUAUUAUAGUGGCGGCGGCAGCUCCAAAGCGGCAGUCAAAACGACUGCAACGCCGCCGGAGCAAAUGUGGACCAAUUGCAAUACGUUGGGCUGGUCCAGGCAGCGGGAUCAUCUGCAGCGCGUGCAGCUCAAAAUUGGCGACAUGGCGCCCUGCGAAAAUGUCUCCAUUACCACGGUGAAUGCGAUGUGCAUGGAGGCGACUUACCAGAAAUACGACUGCACGCAGGAGGAGUACUCUGGCGCACCCGUGCAGUGUCUUAUACCUGGCAGCAAUCAAUGGGCGCUCAUUGGCGUCAGUUCCUGGCGCAUUGCAUGCGGUCCCAGCGGCGUUGAACGUCCACGCAUGUACGACAAGAUCGCAUCCAAUGCGGACUGGAUACGCGAGACAGUCAAUGCUGUCUAACUGUCUCUCUAACUUGUAUUAUGUAAAUUAAUUGCUAACCCCCCCCCCACUCUUACUACUUUCUGUUUAAUAUUUAUUAUUAACUUUAAAGCGCAGCACACACACACG